CGUGAACAGACCUUCCUCAUAGGGCGGCCACAGCCGAUGUAGGUACCCAUCGCCAAGUAAAAAUCGGGCGACUUGCCGUGGUCGAAGCAACUGACGGGACACGACGAGAAAAUAAACUUUUCGCUGCUGGAUUCAUUUCAUUUUCCAACUCCGAACACAUCCCUCUGGCAACAUGGCGGCGACGCAGGAGCUCUCGAUGGACCUCCCGAUCAUCGACCUCGAUGUGUUCCUGCACCAGCCGCGCGACUCGCCGGCGGUGCAGGAGGAGUGCGCCCGGGCGGCGCAAGCGCUCAUCUCGUACGGUGCUCUCGUGCUGCACGACUCGCGCGUGUCGGAGCGCGACAACGACACGUUCCUGGACCUGCUCGAGGACUACUUCGCGCAGCCCGAGGAGGCCCUGCGGCGCGACGAGCGACCCGAGCUGGCCUACCAGAUCGGCGUGACGCUCGAGAACACCGAGAAGCCCAAGUGCGCCGUCGACGAGCCGUGCCUGCGCGUCAUCGAGCGCCUGGCCCCGUCCGAGCGCCCGCUCGACAUCUCGGCCCACGCCCCCGACCCCAAGUGCCGCUUCUUCUGGCGCAUGGUCGAGCCGCCGCCGUACGAGACGCAGUUCCCGGCCCUGAACGCGCCCAACAUCACGCCCGAGGCGCCGCACAUCCGCGAGCGCUGGGGGCCCGUCAUGAACCAAUGGGGGACGGCGAUGAAGAACGCCGUCGAAGGGCUCACGCAGAUGGCCGCGGUCGGGCUGGGCCUGCCGGCCGACACGUUCAAGGACGCAGGCCGAUACGGCCCGCACCUCCUCGCGCCCACGGCGUCGGACCUCCGCAAGUACGGCGCCAAGGACAUCAUCCUGGCGGGCUUCCACACGGACCUCAACUUCCUGACCAUCCACGGCCGCUCGCGCUACCCGGGGCUGCACAUCUGGGCGCGCAACACGGGCAAGCGCAUCCCCGUCAAGAUCCCGCCGGGCAACUACCUGCUCGUGCAGGCGGGCAAACAGCUCGAGCACAUCACCGGCGGGCUCGUCAAGGCCGGCUACCACGAGGUCGUCGUCAACGAGCGCACCCUGGAGGUGAUCGAGGACCGCCGCGCGCGCUUCCCGGACCGCCCGCUCAUCCGCAUCUCGUCGACCUUCUUCUGGCACCUGUCGUCCGACUACGACCUCGCGCCGAUCCCCGCGCUCGCCGAGCAGGCCCGCCGCGUCCGGGCCGAGCAACUCAGCCUCGGCAAGGACGAGGGCGACGAAGUCGAGUACCCGCCGCUCAAGGUGGGCGAGCAGGUGCAGAACGAGCUCAAGCACAUCGCGUUGAUGGCGACCAGCUGAGGCCUGAAUGCGUGGCCGGGUCGGAAUAUGGAGAGUUGUUUGGGCACCAGGGAAUGGGUCAAACUUGGUUUGGGCGGCGGUGUUGCUUGGGUUUCUCGGGCUCGCUGCCGAAGAGUAGGUCGCUCCGUUGUAUGAAUCUGAUGCCCGGGUGUUCGACUGGUGAUUGAGGUAGUGACGAUUACCGGAGCCUUCUCGGUGGCGGCUUGGGUUCUUUUUUGGAGUAGAGUGGGUUCGUUCUUGGAGUAGAGUGAAUCAAAACCUAUAUCCCCAAAAAAAAAAAAAAAAAAAAAAAAAACC